CUCCUUCCCCACUCCAGGCCCUCACGUCGGUUUAAUGGAUCGGAACAAAUUACAAGCCAGUCCGAUUCUUCCCUUCGGGGUCACCCUGUGCAGGGGAUGCAAAUGAAGCGGGAGACGAUGAUAUCACAAUGCUGCGCUCUGGCAGCAGUUGGGAUUUGCAUAAUACGUCGUCAAGUUCCACCGAGAUGGGGCCGAGGCAGUAGCGGGAGUACAUCCCGUGGCUUGGGUAGCACCGUAACAGGCUCAGGUAUGCCAUAGCACAAGUCAUUUUAAGGUCAAGAAGGAUAAUUACAUCAUGCAUUUGAAUGCCAGAAUAUCACAGAGACAGAAUUUCAUCCAGGUAUUGUGGGCUUGACUGUUCUUCCAACUAGAGCGCGGGGGAAGGCAGGAGGUGGGGGUUGGCUGGCUCCCAACACAACAUUUUUUAGUUCCUAGCAGGACCCUCCGUGCCGAUCCAAAUACCAUGCAGCCGGGCUCUCUCCACAGGGCUGCCUGGUCCUUCUUAAAGGGACAGACUGCUCUGGUAUUUGAAAUCUCUUCUCCUCAGUCUCCUCUUUUCCAGGCUCAAAACUCUAUCUGAAGAUGCAUGUAAGCAAACUGCUUUAUUAGGGUUUUAUUUGAAUCGGUGUAAAUGGAAACAUCUGGAAGAAAAUGGCAUAAGGAAACCUGGAAGUCUAGUAAUGGAAGUUAAUUUGUUCAGCCUCCCUUGUCUUGUGGAGUGGUGCCUCGAGUCUAAAAAACAUUGUGCCCUCCUGCUGACACGGCUGCAGAAAUCUCCUGACAAUUAGCACGGUGGUUUCAUACGUCGUCUCCUCUCCAGGGUGCUUUCAUUUGGUUCGUCAUGACCCUCAGCCAGAAAGGGGGCAAACAGAAGUCAAAGCCACUGGGACUCAGCAAAGGUCUAAAGCAGCUGUACCAGCACCAGUUGCUCUGUGACAGCACCGUAGUGUGUGAAGGAAAGAGGUUCCCCUGUCACCGAGCCGUGCUAGCCGCAGUUAGCCCUUACUUCCAUGAUGUGUUCACCAGCUCCCAGAAGGAAUCCCCGAGUGGCGAGGUCCUGCUGCAGGACAUUGCUCCUUCUCUUUUCCAAAGCAUUUUGAAAUAUAUCUACACAGAAGAGGUAUCACUGACAGAAGAGACGGCCCAGGAUCUGUUUGAAGCAGCCGAUAAGCUAAAGAUCCUUCCUCUUGUGGACAUUUGUUACAGGUUUUUUAGGAAGAACAUCUCCCUGCAGAACUGCUUUGCGCUUUACAGGCUGGCUCAGGCUCACAGCGACGAAGCUCUUCUUCAGGCCACCGUGCGGUUCGUAAUCCUCAACUUCAGCCGGUUCUGCGAGGAUGACGACUUCUUGUACCUGGACCUGACCAGCUUAAUCACCAUCCUGUCUUCAGGGGACCUGGCCACUGCUUCGGAAUUAGACGUCUUCCGGGCUGCGCAGCGUUGGGUACGGGCCCAUCCCGGUACCUACCAUUUCCUCCUCAAUGCUCUGAUGAGCCACAUCCGGCUGCCGCUCCUGACUGACAGCGAACUUGCUGAGCUUCAGGCCUAUUUGGGAGAGGUUGGGGAUGUUCAGCUUCAGUGCAAACAGCUGGAUGGUGAAGAAAGGUUGUGUGCAAGUGGAGGACUCAGAGCUGGCAUGUACGACGAGUGCAUCGUGUGCAUCAACACACAGAUAUUGGAGACCCAGGCGCCGGACACUGAAGACUCCUUUAUGGAUUGUUAUGAUCCUUGCACCAGGACCUGGAUAAAACUACCAGGCCUGAAAUCCUUAACCCACCCAGCCUGCGUGGCACUGGGAGACAGGCUCUUUGUGUCUGGAGGCAUCUGCAGAAACUCUUAUUCGGACGCUCUGUAUGAGUUCAGCUCCCUUAAAGGCAGCUGGGCCCAGCUUCCUUCUAUGUUAGUGCCGCGUGCUACCCACGGGUUCCUGGUCUGCGACCAGAGGCUCUAUGCUAUGGGAGGGUGGUGCAGGUUUCAUGAAUUUCUCAGCUCUGCCGAGUGCUUUGACAUAGCAGAGGGAACGUGGACUCCCAUCUCGAGAAUGCCGUACGUUUUGAGCCGCUGUGCCGCCGCAGUCUUUAGGAGGAAACUGUACCUGCUUGGAGGAGUCACCGGCCUGACGAGCUACUGGCAAUUCCACAAAGGGCUUCUGAUCUACGACACCAGCAAAGACACGUGGACGCAGGUGCUCCUGGACGCGGCGUUCUUCUCCGCGGGAGCGGUGGCCAUGAAUAAUGGAAUAUAUGUGGUUGGGGGUUACACGGAGAAAAGAGCAGGAGAAAGGAUCUAUGAGGGGGGCCUCAUGCCCGAGAACCGCUACUGCAGCAGGAAGUGUUUCUUCCUCGCGGAGGACGGUAGCGUCAAUCAUGAGAUUGCCGUGCCCAAGCUGCCGAAAGGCAUUGCCUACGCUGGGGUAGUCAGCUGGGGAAAGAGGAUCUAUGUCUUAGGCGGGGAAGAUACCACGCACUGCUACAAAACCAUUUACUUUUGGGAACCCGGGGAGCAUAGGUGGAGUAGAUGCCCCGAUGACGUCCCUGUCCCUGAAGGUGUCAGCGGGUUUGGGUGCACAACACUGAAGAUACCCAAGGAGCGAAUGCUGUCACUUUUGCAACAGACGUCUGUAGCCCUGACAGCCGUUGUUGGCAAGUAGCUGCCUUUAGAGGUUUCUUUCUAAAUAAAAAAGAAUGGAGCAAGACAGCUGUAGGCGAAGGACUGAACACGGGGCGCGUCUACACAUUCACUAAUGCACUUUAAUUACUGCGCAUUUAGUUUAGUACC